UCCCACCUGUAACCCAAGAGUGCUCCUCGCUUAUACAACUCCCUCGCCAGUGUGGGGUUUGGAAGAUGAUGGGUCGACCUGUCCCUAAUGCAUGGUGGUGGUUUCUUGGCUUGUUGUUCCUUCUUGUCCCCCAGCCAGGGACCCCCUGGUACAAGCAUUCAGCCAGUCCCCGAUAUCACACGGUGGGCAGAGCUUCAGGACUUCUAAUUGGGGUCCGGGGGUCCCCUUAUCUGUGGAGGAGACAACUAACAGGGAACAACGUUGAUGAGAAGUUACAGGGGGAACCAGAGGGCAUGAAAGUGGCACAGGGUGCAGAGAGAAGCAACUUUCUACCAGAUCCCAGGGAGACCCCUGAAAGGUGGGAGAAACAAAUAGAACUAGAGAGGAGUCUUGAACAGGUGAGAAGGGACCUGCAAGAUAAAGAAGAGGUCCAGUGGGACAGAAGAAGCCUUCAGGGCACAGGGGAGCAGAAGAGGAGACUUCAGUCACCAGCUGAAGAUCAAGGUCUAUAUAAAGAGGAAAGAAGCAACUUCCCAGGAGAAGAGGACAACUUGCCUCACUCCACUCCAGAGGAACAGGAGCCAGGGAACAUCUUGCCUGGGAACCAAAAGAGGGAGGCGAAUAUGCAGGGGGAGUCCAGUCAGCCAUGGACAAGGUCCAGGUCAGAUCCUGAAGCAUGGAAUACUGAGAGCCUUCCCUCUGGAUCUUGGAAUGGGGACCAGUUCUCUUGUGACGACUUCAAACUGAUUUUCUACAAGUUCCUUUGUAACUCCAGCCUCCGCUUUUUGUCUCACACUCCACUGAGAGCCAGACGGAGAAGAACGAGUGAUGAACUUGGAGGGCUCCAUUAAAAAAACACAGGCCAUUGGACUCAAGGUUGAACUCAGUGUAGUUCUUGUCAUUGACCAGACUUAUCUGUAUCCACUGGUGCAACCAUUUAGGGUAAUGCAUGUUGUAUGGUUAUUCAUCUCUAUGUGAACUGGUGCGUCUGACUAUAGGCCUACUUUCUAAACCAUUAUUCUUCCUCUUUCUUUAUUCUCCUAGUGUCUUCUCUGUCCACUAUCCUUCCCUCUAUUUACCAUGUUGUUUCUGAUACAGAAAUGGACAAUGCCAGGGCAAUGCUGUAUUAAGUUUCUGUGCGACCUUAGGUUUGUGUAAGUGACUUCACAUGCGCACAGGGCUGGAUUUCUAAUUCCGGCGCCCAUUUCGCUCCGCCCCCCUCCCGCAACGCACCCGAUCAUCCCUCAUCCAAAUGCAGAAAAAAACAUAACCUUCAUAAUCUGCCAAAUUUUGUAAAAUUAACAUAGUAAUUAGGGGGUGUGAUCACAAAAUGGGUUUUUUCCAAAAAAAAUUGCUGCGCUCCACAAGGCAAAUCUUUUUGUCCCUCUUUCUAUUUCCAAAAUGUUGGGAGGUGUGCCUUGAACAUUCCACAGAAGCCCAUUCCUAUGAUUCUUUCUUCACUUGCUGUGCAUUUAUUAAUGGUUGCACCUUUGGAACUCACUUUAGUUCCCAGUUCUGCAUUGUGAUGUUUCAACAGGGAUAAUAGUUGUAAAAAAAAGAACAAAAAAUAAUUUAAAAAAAAUAAUUUUUAGAUGGAAAUAUCUUGCUAGCAAUAUCAUGUUAUUUAAAAGUCCUUUAAUUAUUAUGUCUGCUUUAUAGGAAUUUAUCAUCAAUAAAAACGGGUUGAUUCAA